CGGGGAUUCGCAUGGAGUUAGUGUCGACAUUGGUAUGCUGUAACGUUAGUUUGUUUGUUAAAGAAUAGCAUCAGCAAAUCUGGAUGUUCAAGAGGCAAUGAUUGCGGCAGGAACCCCCCAGGAGUUUGUUCCCUAUGGGUGUGAGUGUCUUGCCCAACAUCCUGGAGAUGUGUACUUGCGCACAGAUGUCACAUUGUCAGGGGACAUUGUUCAAGACACUAACAGAGACAUCCUAAAGGCUUUAAAAGGAGUCUCACUGCAGGAUAUCCAAGAGAGAGAAAGAUUCCUUUUACGGAAGAUACCUGAUGAAGAAGGAGAGGAGGAGAUCUUUAUCCGUGGGUGUAGUGUAGUGUGGAGUAAAACUAGUGAGCAUGGAACUCAAAAAGUUGAAAAAAUAUUUACUGUGGAAAACUGUGUCCAACAGGCACUGUGGAGUGUUUUUUGUAAUAAGGAUGAUAAACCCCAGUUAAGAACCGAAGUUGAUGUUCAUCCUGAUAAAGGAGACAAAAUAUAUGGCAUAUGUGUUCAGGAUUCAUCAAACUUGAGUGUUUUUCUCAGUGAUGGCCAAGAAUUUUCAGUUGCUUUACCCUUUCAGGUUUCUAAGAUGUGGGAAACAUGCUUUGGACUGGUGUUUGAACGUUCAUUGUCAAGCACAGAUACACAGAGUGAAGCAGGCGAAUUGCUACCACGUCUAUUCAGCAUGCUUCAUCCCCUUGAUGAAGUUGCUCCUGUAGUACUGAAAACAAGAGGACCUUCGUCUUCUUUGUAUAAGCUUAGUUACUCCUGCACUCAAGAUGAUGUGGUAGUUUUUACCUGUAGAAACCCUUCUCUUCUUGUGAUGUUUCACAACUUGGAUGGAGUCCACAGUGUCUGGAAAAUACGUAAAACAACAUCGGAGGAAGCCAGCCAAGCCUGUAUAAGAACAAUUUGUGAUAGUAGCUCUGCUCCAUCAUGUUCAUGGUUAACUCACACUCCAGUAGGGCAGGGAUCAGGUUUACCAACUAGUAGUAGUAGUAGCCACUCUCGCCACAACUACACUGGUCAUUCUCCAUCUCAUACCUCUUACUCCCCCUACAGGAGCAACCAGACAAGUCGUGCAGCUACACCUACUAGUGUAUCGAGGACACAGAGUCCAGGCCCUAGUGCUAGUGGUUUGAAACAUAUGGCUACUCUCAGUCGAUCUCAGUCUCCGCUAGUUACAGGAUCUUCACCUCGGAGGUUUACCUUUACACCUCCUGGCCGAUCUUGUUGGACACAGGCCACUCCCGGGUCCUCUGUACAUAAUGAAAGCCUCCGUGAACUGAUUGAGCCUUUAGCUCCUGAUGUUUGCCUAGAACAUGUCUGGUCUGAGCCAGAUAGUUGCCGAUCAGGAAGAAAAGCUUCAAAGGUGUUCUUUACAACAGACAUUACUAGUCAGUGCUUUUUGUGUCUGAAACUUUCAGAUAUGAACCAGUUGAGGUUGAUAAAGUUUGAAGAAAGCAAUGAUCGCUCUCAACUCAUAUUUGGUUCAACAAAGACAAUCCUCGCUCGAGAUGCUGAAAAUCUUCCAUUGUUGAAAAUGAUGUUAACAUUAGAUGUUAGCAAUAGCCUGACCUUGUAUACAGGAAUUCACAAGAUUUGCAAGGUUCACAUUCCCAGCAUUCCGGGACCCCUCAGCAUGUUGCUUGGAGGAGGAGGAAGUCGUCGUAGUUCUGGUAUUCCAAGUACUCCCAGGAGAAGCAGUCUCGUGACUUCUAGUAGACCACCAAGUGCCAUGGAUGCUCACUUUGAUGCAGAGGUGCAGUUGUUGUCACCAGUACUCACUCAAUUCAAUGAUGAAAUGUCAGCAGUCGAGGAUAAUACUCAGAGAUACAUUGGAGUGACGACUGGGUUAAGGGAUGCUGUGGAGAACAGGGUUACCUUGGAAACAGCAAGUGGAACUCUCUAUCGUGUUUCUCUUCCACACAUAUCCAUGUCCUCUGUUGUCUCUAAGUGUCUGCAAGUUCUUCGGAGCAUUCUCCCUCGGGAUGUGUCAUUACAAGUGUUUUCAAAGUGGUACACCAUUCGGAAUGCUCCUGGACCAUGUGACAUCAGUGCCUACUUUGAACUGCAGUCUUUCCUUACUUGUCUACUUGGAAUGUUGGGAUACAAUACAGAACAUCUUCAUUUUGGAGGAUUCAUGGACAAGGACCUGUCGUUUUCUCCAGUUGCUGUAAAAAAACUCAAAACCUCCAAUCAAGGCUCUGGUCAAGAUUGGAACUCUCUCAUUAUAUCAGCUCACCAUCAGGGAUGUCAAAUUCAACGGGAAGUUCUAAGUUUUAUAAGCCCAACUGAACAAGAUAACUGUGUGGGUGAUUUAGAUCUAGAGUAUCCUGUUAGUAACAGUGGUCUACUCUUCCCAUACUUGCCUGUUGUUUUGUAUGGCUUGCAUCUUUUGUAUGAGGACUGUAAACUGAAUAGCCUUCAGUGGGAUUUCAUUCUUAAACUGGCUGGUUUAUUAUACCAAUUAUCUAUGGAUCUUCGUCUACCCUUGUAUUUAGACCAUUACUGGAGAGAUUUUCCACAGCUUAUGGCCUCAACAAAAUUCUCAGUACAGUUGGCAGAAAAUGACUGUCAGCGGAUUCAGUUUCCAUCGUACUUCACUCUUAACCCUCCUGCCAUUUUCAAUUGGUUACAAUCAUCUUUGACUUUGAAGCAUGUUCAACCAUUCCCCUAUAUCCCUUAUGUUACUCAGGAGAUCUAUAAAGUUGUUCUGUUGUAUUCAAUAUUAUCUGAAAGAACUAGAAGAUCAGACUCCCACAUGGGUAGAAACUUGCAAAAAAUUUCAGCUCCUGGACAGAGGGUUAUGGAAGAAGUAGUUAUUUCUCUGAAUGCAAACAUGACAGUUUCUCAGAAAGUCAUCCAGGCUAUGAAAGAACUAGGUAUGACGUGUCAAGACAUAAAUACUCUGCCAACAGGUGUUGCUCUUCCAAUACAACAUGUAAUUGUCUGUUGUCGAAAGAAUCCUCCUCCUGAUCUCCCUAUUGAAUCCUACAUUUUGAUAGGAAGACAGGAUCUUGCUACUCUUGCUAGUGGAACAGUUCCUCAAGUCAGGCUGUCUUCAGCUGUGUCUGUUAAAGGAAUGUUUAAGCAUCCAGUUAGUAAGGAUGAGGAAGGUGGGCUGGAUCAGUUAGAUAAUGAGGUACUAAGGCUAAGGUUUGGUGAAGACCAGCGAGUACAGGAAGUGUAUCGACUGCUUCAGUCCUCCAAGCCAGUUUCUGUUGUCAUUCAACAACGUCCAGAAGUGAGUGACCAUGAGUUUAUUGAGGAACAACAGCGCCAUCUUUAUUCUAUUUGUAUACGGACGAUGGCUUUACCAGUGGGAAGAGGGAUGUUUACCUUGGGAUCGUACACUCAACCUGUUGUCACAGAAGCAUUACCCAUAACAAAGCUAUGUUUGACAGGAAAAGCCCCUGGACCUAGGAACACUACCAUUGAUCUCUCACACAUUGAUGUUCCAGCAAAUAUGAGUACCUGGCCUCUUUUUCACAAUGGUGUUGCUGCAGGUCUCAGAGUUUCAAGUAGUGCUUCAAAUAUUGAUUCCACCUGGAUCUUGUAUAACAAACCCAAGACUUCCAGCAAUGACACUCCCACAGAACAUGCUGGUUUUCUAUUGGCUCUUGGAUUAAAUGGUCAUCUUAAGAACCUGUCCACCAUGAGUAUCCAUGAUUACUUAUGCAAGGGACAUCAACUUACCAGUGUUGGACUUCUUCUAGGAAUAGCUGCAGCUAAACGAGGAAGCAUGGAUGUUGCUGUUACAAAGUUAAUGAGCAUCCAUGUGGAAGCACUUCUUCCACCAACCUCCACUGAGUUGGACAUUCCUCCCAUGGUCCAGGUUGCAUCAGUCCUAGGUAUUGGACUUCUUUAUCAAGGUUCAGCACAUCGCCACAUGGCAGAAGUUUUACUUGGGGAGAUUGGUCGUCCACCAGGGCCAGAGAUGGAACAUUGUGUGGACAGGGAAAGUUAUGCCUUGUCUGCAGGCUUGGCUUUAGGACUUGUCACUUUAGGGAGAGGAACUGAGAUGGUGGGAAUGUCAGAUCUUCCAGUGGCUGACCAUCUAUACCAUUACAUGGUUGGGGGUCAUAGACAUAACCUGACAGGUGUCCACAGGGAAAGAUACAGAUCACCUAGUUACCAGAUCCGAGAAGGGGACUGUGUCAACGUGGAUGUCACAGGCCCUGGGGCAACACUAGCAUUAGGAAUGAUGUUUUUCAAUACUGGAAACAGAGCUAUAGCAGAGUGGAUGGUAGCUCCUGACACUCAGUACCUCUUGGAUAUGGUUAGACCAGAUUUUCUGCUUUUAAGGACUUGCAGUAAAGGACUUAUUUUGUGGACUGAAGUUGUUCCAUCCAAAACAUGGGUUGAGUCUCACCUUCCAGAGAUUGUGUUGAAACAUGCCUUUGUGUCUGGGGAAAGAAAUAGUGACAUAGACUACGAAUCAACAAGUCAAGCUUACUCCAACAUUAUUGCCGGAGCGUGUUUAUGUCUGGGACUGAAAUUUGCUGGAUCUGCAAAUCAAGAAGCCUAUACAGUUUUGAUGCACUACGCAAGAAAGUUUUUGAGCUUAUUGAGCCAGACAGUUGCUGAACAAGCUGGGAAAAGUGUAAUUGAAACUUGUAUGAACACGGUUGUGAUAAGCCUGGCAAUGGUGAUGGCAGGAAGCGGAGAUUUAGAAGUGAUGAGAAUAUGUAGACAUCUACGAACUCGGAUUGGUCAAGCUAACAGUUAUGUUUUAUAUGGUUCUCACAUGGCUACACAUAUGGCUUUAGGUCUGUUGUUUCUUGGAGGAGGCAGAUAUACAUUAAGCACAAGACCUGAAGCUAUUGGGGCACUUAUAUGUGCCUUUUUUCCUAAAUUUCCAACACACAGUAACGAUAACAGGUAUCACCUACAGGCCCUUCGUCACCUUUACGUACUGGCCGUUGAACCUCGGCAAGUUAUCCCUCGAGAUUUUGAUACAGGAAAGGCUGUGUAUUGUCACCUGUUAGUCAAGUUUAAAGACACCAUGAUGUACACAGGAGAAGAGUAUCAAGCUAAAGCACCAUGCUUGUUGCCAGAACUUGAUUUACUUGAAAGUGUCAUUGUGCAAGACUCCAGAUAUUGGGAAAUAGUUUUUGACUCUAAGAAAAACUGGAAUAGCUUAAGACAUCUUCUAGAUAACGGAGGAAACCUUUAUGUGAAGCAGAAAGCAGGUUGUCUUCCAUACUUGGAAGACCCUAAGGGCUUUAAAAGUGUAUUUGCUCAGAGCAUGGUUAAAGACAGUAUUAAAGGCUGGAAUGUAACGCCAACUCCAGUGACAGUAUUUUCCUGUAAUCCUGUUGCUCUCAAAUUCUAUGAAUAUUUCUUGAAACCAAGAGUCAAAACUUCAAAGAAAAGCCACUGGCAGCAGCAGAUGUGUACCCUGCUAUUUGAAUGUGUGUCUGAAGAAAAAACAGAAAUUCUUUCUGCAUACAUUGCACUUGACCAGAUUGUUGACCAAAUCUCGAGAACUGACCAGACAUUAGACUUAUGGCAAGUCAAGCUAUUGCUGGCAUAUAGCCAAUGGCAGGCCUUUAGACAACGAGAACAUCCACUUUUACAACCAGAAUUUACAGUAGUUGUGAAAAACCGUAGUGAACAGAAACUUCAAGAAGUUACAAGAGCCAACAAGAUAAACUUACGGAACUACUUUUGCUAUGGUAGAUCUUCUCCAGUUGCUUCUGUUGCUCCCUUUCUUGUCUUUUAUGACAUUCCUCAACAAGGAACUGUCGACCUGAGCUUAGCUGAAGGUACCCUAAGCCUUCCUGGUCUAUUUCUUAGACUUCAAGAGUUAUCACCUACAGUGACCUCUCUCAUGGCUUUACUGAGUGUAAUCUCCAAACCAGACUCUCCUCAUUGACAUCUAUUCUCCACUUAAGGAACCAUCAUGAAAAAGUUAUUUGGAAAUAUUUUCAACCAACAGAUUUUUAUAACUACAUUGAACAGUUUUUAUUGUAGAAAUGUAAAAUAAAAUAUUUAUUAAUAAUAA